AUGGCAGGUUUGAAUCUUUCCAAUGAAGAUGAUGAAAUACUCAUCGACGAGGAGAUCACUGGUGAAUCAAAUGUUGCUGUUGACCUUUGUUUGGUGGGCCGUUUCCUUACUGAUCAGCCAAUAAAUUUCAAUCUGAUGAGGAGCCGCCUGGCGAGCAUUUGGCGUCCGGGGAAGGGAGUUUUUGUUAAAGAUAUUGGGCAAGGUCGGUUUAUAUUUCAAUUUUUUCACGAGAUCGAUUUGCUCAGAGUUUAUGAUGGUGGACCAUGGUCUUUUGGAAAUUUUUCCCUUAUUCUACAUCGGCUCAAAAGGGGAGAGUUUCCGUUGUCCGUUCCGUUGGAUAUUCUGCCGUUCUGGGUCCAAAUUCAUAAUUUGCCGGCUGGAUUUCUAACCGAAGGUGUGGGUCGUCUUCUGGGGAAUUUUAUUGGUUCUUUUUUGGAGUAUGAUAGCACAAAUACUUCUGAGAUUUGGAGGCAAUACAUGAGAGUGCGAGUUGGAGUCCGUGUAUUGGAGCCUCUAAAGCGUUUUAAAAAGCUCAAGCAAAAGGAUGGCACCACUUUUGUGGUUAACUUUAAGUAUGAACGUCUACAUGUGUUCUGCUUUUUGUGUGGGCGCUUAGGUCAUUCUGAAAGUUUUUGUGAGUUGAUGUUUAAUUCUCAAUCGAAAGACAUGGCUCGGGAGUGGGGAGUCGAUCUCAAGGCUGCUGAUCGGUGA